AUGGCACCAUUUCUACAGCUUGUGGCGUAUGCCUUGUGCUCUGAGCAGCGCAAGGCAGCGACUCUGGCCAAACGCGACGAUACGGACCCGGCGAAGUUGUAUCCAGGGCACAAUUUCUCCGUGCCGAUUGAUCACUUUCACAACGAGACGAAAUACGAGCCACACGUCAAUGACACCUUUCCGCUGGCGUACUGGUUUGACGCGACGUACUACAAGCCUGGAGGCCCAGUCAUAAUCCUUCAGGGUGGAGAGACGGCUGGCUCGGACAGGCUCCCAUACCUCCAAAAAGGCAUUGUCUACCAGCUUUCGAAGGCCACUAACGGUAUUGGAGUCAUUCUGGAGCACCGCUACUACGGCACUUCGUUUCCCACGCCAGAUCUCUCGACCAAGAAUCUCCGCUUCUUGACCACGCAGCAAGCAUUAGCAGAUGAGGCAUACUUCGCCCAGAACAUCAAGUUCCCUGGUCUAGAAAAAUAUGGCGAUCUUACGAGCAAGACCACCGCAUGGAUCAGUUAUGGUGGCUCUUACGCAGGCGCCUUCUCAGCGUUCCUUCGAGUCCAGUAUCCCGAUGUAUUCUGGGGAGCUAUCUCCAGUAGUGGUGUCACCAAGGCAAUCUACGACUACUGGGCAUACUUCCGUACGAUCGCGGAGAAGGGGCCGCCAGACUGUAUCAAGACCCAGCAGACUCUUAUCCAUGCGAUGGAUAACAUCUGGCUCAAAAAGAAUCAUACUACCUUGCCCCAGCAGCUGAAGACCACGUUCGGCUUCGGCAACCUCACGCGAGACCAAGACUUUGCAUUUCUCCUCGAAAACAAUGGAAUCGGAGACUGGCAGUCACUCAACUGGGAUCCGGCUGUCACGUCGGACGAAGUCUACCGAUAUUGUGACAACAUCACCUCCGACAAGGUGCUGUAUCCUGCGACUGAGAAGAAGCGCGCGAAUGUCACCCAUUUGCUGAAUGAAGGUGGCUACCGAGCGAACAAAACGCUCGAGAACCGCAUGCUGAACAUGAUUGGCUACUACAAUCUCACCCAGCUGUCUGGCUGUGAUGGAACGCUUGACUCGUGCUUUGGGCAGAACAAUCAGACUUACUACGACCUGGACUCCAUUGCGGACGGAGACUGGCGAUCGUGGCCGUACCAAUACUGCACAGAAUGGGGCUACCUUCAGACUGGAAACACUCCUCCAAACGUGUUGCCAUUAAUCUCUCGCACUCUUGAUUUGGAGUACCAAAGCCACAUCUGUCGAGCAGCCUUCAACAUCACGACCCCACCAGACGUUGAGAUCGUCAACAAGUACGGCGCAUACGACAUCUCGUACCCGCGCUUAGCAUUCGUAGACGGCGACUGGGAUCCCUGGAAAGAUGCAACACCACAUGCUUUCGAAUUUGGUGCGCCGCAUCGAAACAGUACUGCAUCAGAACCGUUCAUAUUGAUCGAUUCCGCUGUGCACCAUUGGGAUGAGAAUGGUUUGUGGCCUAACGAGACGACUUCAAAACUGCCCCCUCUUGCCGUCAGGGACGCUCAGUCACUUGAGCAAUUCGCUGUGGAAGAGUGGCUCCAAGAGUGGAAGUUGCACUGUCUCCAGAACGGCGGCUGCUCGUGA